AUGACACUCGUUUCCUUCCAUUUUUCCUCCCUCAGCGCGACAUCCGCUUCAUAUCUGGAGUCUCUGGCGACUCAUCUCCCAGACUCCGUCCGGAGUGCUGUAUCACGCUUUGCGACCGCACUUUCUAAAGUUGACCCAACAUCGUCAUCACCCCUGUGGCUAGAUAGCCUUGCGAAGCCCUUCGAGGCUCUACCACUCCUUACCACAUCAACCCCCACCGCCCGUGUCGGGGUCACCCUUCUUUUAGCCUUGCUUCUUGCCGUUCUUGCGAUGAGCUGGAAUCCAUGGAGAGAGCGCUUAUCUCCCUAUAGAAACACUUCCCCGCCAACCGUUGCCGAUGAUGACUACAGCUACGUAACUGUCGAUGACGCCGACUAUAUAAGAGCACGGCAUAACCUGAGCUACUCCCCCACCGAACCGCGGAGCAACCAACAUCCCCUUACAAUCGCCGACGACGAUGAAUCUAAGCCAGAUGUGAUCAUCCUAAAAUACAGAGGGAAAUCAUACCGUCUCAAUUUCCCCGCUUAUUCCAUUGGCGACGGACUGAUAACGGUUGGGAAUGUGAAAUUGGCUGCCGCAAAUGCACUGGAUGUCCCGGACACACGGCAAAUAAAACUUCUUUACAAAGGCACUGUGUUGAGAGAUGACUCCGCCCGAGCCAAGGAUGUCGGGCUGAAGCAGAAUUCCGCAACAAUGUGCGUGAUAUCGGAUUUCCUCCCAGAUACGUCGAGCGAGGAGAGCUUAGUGACACCUGCAACCUAUGACAUGCCUGAGACCACCAACCAGCAAUCCCCGUCCCCCCCUCCUGCCAAUGGGGGUGGCGGCAGCGGUGGCCGCAAAAAAAGACGUAACAAGAAGCGCUCCAAUAAUAACGCGGCGAAGGACACACAGGAAUCAGCGCAAAGCCCAUCUACACCUUUUGCGAUACCUAUAGAACGGCCUCAACAGCAAAACCCACAACGAGCACCCCAACAAUCCCCCCCAUCCUCCUACACCAGCAAUUCACCCAACCUCUCCGCCCGGCCUUUAGCCAAUGACAACAACCGGCCCCCGUCCUCCGCCAGUACAUCCCCGCGCCCCUCCCACAUUCCCAAACCGUCCCCGAACCUCAACCUCGUCCGUACGCCGCAAGAAAAGAUCAGCCUGCUCAGCAGAUAUUUCCACGAGACCCUCGAACCUUUAAUACGCGAAUAUAUCCAGCAUCCGCCCGCGGACCAGAAGUCGCGGGAUUUCGAGCACCGCAAGCUUAGCGAGACAAUAAUGAUGCAGGUUAUUUUGAAGGUGGAUGGGAUUGAGGUCGACGGCAUUGAGGAGGCGAGGCAGCAGCGGAAAGCGCUUAUUGUUACAGUGCAGAAUUUGUUGAAGUUGCUUGAUGAGGCGCAUAGGCGCGGAUAG